AUGGUCCAGGCUGUCAAGCUAUCCGAGGUGAGCAAUAGAAAGAGGCGGGUGGACGAAAACGAACCGAGCGAAGAAUCUGACAUCAAUGUCAGCAGUACCGACUCAGAGAACGACAGCGACGACGACGACGACGAUGACGGUGGCAAACAAAUUGUCAACGUAGACUUUGAUUUCUUUAAUGGGAACCCAGAGGUAGACUUCCACGCCUUUAAAAACCUUCUACGUCAACUGCUGGGACCGCAGGAGAGUAGCCGAGUUCAAAUCAGUCAGCUGGCAGAUCUCAUGCUACAGUCUCCGACCACCACGAUCAAGACCGACGGCCAAGAAUCAGACCCAUACUGCUUUCUGUCGUUUAUCAACUACAAAGAGCACCGCGACAGCGACUACGCCCAAUAUCUGCGUAAGGCGGAACCGAAACUGGCCGCGUUCCUGCAAUCGAUAGACUCCAACCAAACCAAAAGUUGCGCGCUGGUGAUCAGUGAGCGUCUCAUCAACAUGCCCGCAGAAGUCAUGCCUCCUCUCUACAAGAUAACGCUCGAAGAUGUCACCAACACGCUCGGCGACGACAAGAAGUACGACUUCUACAUCAUCCUCAGCAGAAAAUACGAGGUGAACUUCGACGUCGACAGCGACGACGAAGAAGACACUAGCGCCAGGUCUAAGAAGCGUGUCAAGCAAGCAGAGAUCGACUACUUCCAUCCUGAGGACCGUUAUCUCGAGAAACACGCCAAGAUCAAGUGCGAAUCCCAGUCAAAGGGAGGUAUCAUCAGCUCCUACAUGGUGGUCGACCACCAGGGGCUCGUCGACAGCAUCAACGAACUUGAGCAAGAGAUCGCUUCCUGGAAGUAG